GAUCGCUGAACCUGAAAACGUUGAGAAAGGAUUGAGAAUGGAGGAACCGAAAACGACGUUGAGAAAGGAUUGAGAAUACUUAUUAAACAGAUUUCUGUUCUAUUUAUUAUUAUUCGAACUUAAUACAGUACCUAAUACUUAUAUCUUUCCCAAUUCGACUUGGAUCUGAUCGUAUCGAGAAUUAAGCCAUGUGUCUUAUCGAUUGGUUUUAUCGAGUUCCUGCUUCCCUCGGUCUGUGGCAGAAGGAGGCGACGAUCUUGCUUCUGGGUCCUCAAAGUGAUGAAAAGGCCGCCUUGCUUUCUAUGUCGAGAGAUAGGGUUCGUUUUCAAUUUCAUAAUUAUCUGUGUUUAUUUGAUUUUUCAUCAGUUGGGUUUAAUUGUUGUGACCGAUUUGUUCGGUUUUUAUCUAACUGGAAUGAAAUUCUGAAUCCCUAAAUCUUGUUUCAUCGUUUACGAUUCGUAAAACUCAGAAUUCCCCUCUUAAUUGAACCUGACUUGUGAGCUGAUUUUCAUCUUUUGAGCUAGGAAAAGAUGAAAAACUGAUGAACUUAACUGAUUAAGUGCCCCCACAUGCUUCAUUUUACCUUAUCUGCUUGAAUAUCAAUAAUAACUACUAGGGACU